AUGAGUUUUCAGUGGAACACGAACGCGAGUUCCGAGCGGCUCUUCGACAUAAAGGACAAGCUGGAGAGGAUGACGGUGGAGGAGAAGGUGCCGAAAUUGUUUCGAAGGAUGUAUACCAAGAAGCACAUGGAUUUAUUUAACAAAAAGGUGAAAAAGCCAGCCCAAAAGAAUAACUUUCAAGAUUCAUUGCUAAAUUUUAACGAACAAAUGAAGAAUAUACAGAAUAUUUUGGAACUUCAGAAUAAAUUUGGUGUAACGAUCGAGCAGAAAAAUGGUCAGAGGAAGCUUGACGGCCGACCAGCUGGAUCCAAUGGACCUCAGCCUGGACCGGGUUGUGAAAUAUUUGUUGGAAAAAUACCCAGAAAUAUUUACGAAGAUGUGAUUUACCCAAUUUUUAGACAAGUUGGGGACAUAUACGAAAUAAGGCUUAUGAUGAAUUUUUCCGGUAGUAAUAGAGGAUUUUGCUUCAUCAUGUACGAAAAGCCAGAAAUGGCACAGAGAGCGAUUAAAGAAUUAAACAAUUAUCAAAUUCGGCCUGGUUGGUUUAUAGGAGUGGUAGAGAGUGUCAACAAUUGUCGAUUACAUAUAACGGAUCUCCCUCCGCAGAUCGAUACAAAAACACUUAUUAAGAUAAAGCAUGCUUUGAUUUCAUUUAAAACGCAUCGAAGUGCCGCAAUGGCUAGGAGAAGACUUCUACCGGAAAGAAAUGUAUUUUUUGAUAAAUCCGAAGUUAGGAUCGAAUGGGCGCACCCCAAAAUUUCAGUAACAAAUGUGCACCAGGACAUCAAAACAUAA